GCCAUCAGCUCACCUCUGCAUCCUCAGCUGCGCGCUUUCGCAACGUCAGGCUCUCAUCCUUCCUCAUCCUAUCUCGCGAAUUUCUUUCACUCACAUCGAAGAUGUUGCUUGUUUGGAUGCUGCUGGCCUUCGCCCAAGGCGCCACUUCAACAACUCCAGUCACAGAAGUCGCGUGGUAUUCGGCCCCCAAUUAUCGUGGAACAUGGGACCUGAUCGUUUCCUGCGUGCUGACGCUGGUGAUUUGUGUCUGGUCAGCCUUGCACCUUAAUGUUCCUGUCGAAACGUCAAGGCUCAGGGAGCGCAACAGCAGACGACUACGCUGGGUCCUACUCGGCAUUUUCGCGCCUGAGGUGGUGGUCAGUACUGCAUUUGCGCAAUUUUUGACUGCUAGGUGGUUGAGGAACGAGAUACGAGCAGACAUCGAGGAUCGCAAUAAAGACAAGGGAACAAGAUCUUCCAUGUCAGAGAAAGAAAGAGUCUCCGAGGGGUGGAGCAUGUCACAAUGCUACUUCGCUGUUAUGGGUGGCAUCGUAAUCGAAACGGGCGAUUACAUCGCGGCCCCUUCACCUUUGAGCAUUACAGCAGAAGGUGCACGACUCCUCUCCUUUUUGAACAAAUUGCCGCAGAUCAAAGAAAGCGAGGUCCGCGAUAAAAGCAAGGCAGAUGGCCUAGCUAAGAUUCUGGUCGUUCUGCAGGCAGGCUGGAUGAUCAUUCAGUGUAUCGCGCGGGUUGCGCAGGACUUACCGGUGACUCUGUUGGAAAUCAACACCAUCGGCCACGUCAUUUGCGCAUUCGCUCUAUAUAUAUUAUGGUGGAGCAAACCAUUGGGCAUCAAGGAUCCGUACAAGAUUGUGGGAGAGCAUGGACUAGACAAGCACAUCGCUUUGAUGUACAUGUGCAGUCCAAUCAGCGCCGACCGAGAGGACGAGAUCAGCGAGAUACGUUGCCUGGCGUAUGUUGCACCUGACGAUCGAUCACCGACAACGACAACGGCGAAACCUGACUCCAGAAUCCAAGAAAUCCCUGUGCCGAAAUCACAUUCAACAAGAUUCUCAGUCGGCUCUAUAGGAGCAAGAGACCCGCUCAAGUUUAUUGGACCGCUGCAAAAGAUUCAAGUCGGUGUAGACGCCAAUCACGACGUUCAAUACAUGUACAAGUGUGAGAGAAUAGCUCCAGAACACGAAGAAUUCUUCCGAUUACAAGACCGCAACCAUUGUCUUCAGCACACAAGAGACUACUGCCGCAGAGGCUUCAAGGAUUGCAAGGACCGUAGCAAACUUUCAGGACAAGCGAAACGACGAUGGACCCUCGCAAAUGACAUAGUCCAAGAGCUAUGGGACGAAUGCGACAAACGCAAGGACUAUAUGAAGGUGUUCUUCACACACUCUACCUUGGGAAUCUUUGUGGGCGAGCCCAUCUACAUCGCAGACCACAUUCCCAACUUUCCUGGCUUUUCCUUCUUGGGUAGUGUGAACGUACAGCGCGAUAUCUUGAAGACUGUCGUUGCUUUCGCCGGCGCUGCGUACGGUGGUCUGCACCUUGCUGCUUGGAACGACUACUUCCCAACAGCAGUCGAAAGGAUCAUAUGGAUAUCAUGCUCCUGCGCUACAGGACUUACAGGACUUGUGCUGGCGCUUUUCUUCCUUGCAACGAACCAGCUCCCACAGCUCGAGAAUGUAGAGAGCCAUGUGCGCAACAGCAGAACGUUUAGAUUCUUCUUGAAAAGGGUGCUCAUCCCACUGUUCAUGACAGCAAGAGUCUUCAUUGUAGUCGAGGCAUUUGUCUGCUUGAGACGCCAGCCAGAAGCCAUCUACAAAACGCCGGAGUGGAGCAACUACUUUCCUCAUCUAUGAUCGUAGGAUCAUAUGCUCAUUUCGCCCCUACUCCGUUUCGAUGGAUCUGCUGUUCCUCCCUCUGGCGCCUCGAACACUUGGCUAUCACCCACGAGAUACGGUUCUAUAACUGGCGAAACCGAUCUCGUACCGAAGUGUGAACGUAGCGACUCUCUAAGACUUGGUGCUGGAAGG